CACCGAGGAAAACUCUCCAAAUAGAGACGAUAUCCGCCAUAGCUGUCGCGCUAUCAGUAGGGCAUAAUCCUCAUGAUAUACCCCGCUAUUCCGUGAUUCUUUCUUCCCCCGAACUCUGAAAGGGGAGAAGGCGGAAGAAGAGGAAUUGCUCAUUCAGAUCUUCUGGCAGGUACCGCUCCUUCCAUUAAUGUCCGCAGUAGCAGAAAUAAUUGCCAUCUCUCACGCCUCUCACGCUCCUGCUUCGAAUUGCUUUACUUUGGAUCUUCCAGAGCUGAUGGGCGGCGCGCUGGUGCCGGCAUAGCUUGUAAGGCAGAGCACAAAGAUUCUCAUUGUUGGGGGAAAACAAAAAAAAAAUACCUUGGUAUAGUUCGGGUAUGAUGUUGUAUGCGAGAUUCUGAUCCUUGUCAAGAGGUCCAUUUGGAGAGAAGCAUCCAUGGCUUCCACUGCCGCGGUUCUCUGAUUUGAUCCCCAUGUGCAAUUUAGGAGUUGUGGGAUUCCCUAUUCCUAAAGAAUUCCUUUGCUUCUCUGCGGCUGCAGCUGGUACGAUGGACUCCCCCGCUCUUCCCUCUCCUGGUUCAGGCGAUGAGCGCGGCCCGCGCGCCAAGUUUCUCUGCAGUUUCGGCGGCAGUAUACUCCCUCGCCCGCUUGAUGGGAAGCUCCGUUACGUCGGCGGUGAGACCCGAAUAGUUACCGUGCCCCAUGACGUGUCGUACGAGGAUCUCUUGGCUCGGAUGCGUGAGAUCUUUGAAGAUACAUCGGUGAUAAAGUACCAGCAGCCGGAGGAGGACCUUGACGCCUUAGUCUCUGUGGUGAAUGAUGAUGAUGUGAUGAACAUGAUGGAAGAGUACGAGAAGCUCAGCACUAUCGGAGAUGGAUUUACUCGCCUCAGAAUCUUUCUCUUUUCUCAGUUUCCCGACGCAGACGAAGCUAUAGCCGUCGCCCAUUUUGAUGCUGAUGAGAGGGAGACGGAGAGGAGAUAUGUGGAUGCCCUCAAUAGCUUGACAGAUGUCAAAUCUCAAUCGCCAAUGGAUUUUGCCGAUCAGUUCUUGAGCCAUCGCCCCCUCCACUCCAAUGUUCCUCAACCUGCGCAUGGGCAGAAAUACGGGGAAGCAGAUAAUCCGUGGAGCCCUGCAUACUUCUCUCCUGGAUAUCAUGGCGCCCAGGAACUCAGAGAAUACCCCGGCUCACCGUCAUCUGUAAGAUGCCGUAACUUUGGAAUCGGAGACUUCCCUGAUCAAAGCUCAAUCCAAAUCGAGCAUCAGUCAACUCCAGCAAUGGAGAAUGUGAUCUGGCUGCCCCCUGGAGCCAUUAUUCAAGAGAAAUCUGGCUUUCCUAUUCAUCUAGGUUAUCACCACAACGCCUAUGAGGGAAAUGCCAUGUGUGAGCAUAGCCACAUGACUUUUAAGAGAGGGCAAACUCCCAUGCCAAAUUCUCGUUUUAAGCACGGGCAGCAUUACUUCGACCUAGCUAAUGCAUGUGCCGAGUGCUACCAUGGUAGAGACCCUUAUAUUUUAAACCAGGACAGGAGAAUGGAACAUGGAGUAUUUAUAGAGGACUCUCAAAGGCAUGAUGGGAGCUGGAUUCUUCACCCCCAUCACAAUAACAUGAGGAUGGAUGAUUCACGAGUUCAUUUACCCAAACCUGGAAGAGGAGGAGAGCACUAUGCUGUUGAUGCGAAAGCUGUUAAUUCUCCUUAUGUGCAUGGAAAUUUUUGUGAGGGAAAUGAAGUGUAUCAGGCUCAACAAACAGAUAGAGCUAUUCCUCAAAUGCAUACUGAUGGUUUUGAAGACAAUGGAGUCCACUAUGGGAACCAACCUUCUGUGUAUGGAGAGGAUAGCUUCUACCAGUUUCAGCAUAAUUUGCCUCCUCUUCAUCUACGGAGAAAAGUGCAAGUUCCUUUAGGUCCUGGAACAUCAUAUGAGUUGCCAGGAUUGCUGGUGUCAAAUGGUGCAAUGGCCUCGGGCCCUGUACAUGGUUAUCAGGAUGGAAGCCCUAAGCUUGCAGGUCUUGGGAUGGAUGUUAAAGCUCAGAGUCCUUGGGCUACACGAAAUGAACAUUUCUCGCAGAAAACUGCUGCAUCAGCUUCUCAUAAUGAGCAUGAUCUGAGAGCAAAUAGUAAUGCAUGUCCCAUUGAUACCACUUCUGAAAAUCCAUGCCGAACAAUUUUGGUUCCAUUAAUGCCUAAUGGAAACCAAUUUACACCCAGUUGUGCGCCAAAAUAUGGUGCACCUGAGGGUGCAAGAAUUCUGGAGAAAAAUGGAGCUUUGGCAAAGCGUACUGAGGAGAGUUCUGAAACUACCAAAGUUGCCAACUCUGAUGCUAAGGAUACUGUUGAAAAUGCUGAUAUCCGAGUGGAAAAUUUGGAAAUAUUACCUGAGUUGAUUGCUUCUGCCAAGAAAGUGGCAUUAGAAGGUGCUGAAGUGGUGAAGGCUGUGGCUGAAAGAGACACUGCUAAUGUUUUGAAUGUUGAAAAUGCUGAGGAACCUCCCUCCAGUGUGCUAGAGCAAGGGAAUGCUCAUGCUGAAGGGGAGGUUGAAUCUGAUGGAGAUGAUGAGAACAAGAGUUUUCCAAGGAUUGAACCUACAACAGCUGAAACUGAAGCCUUGGCUAAAGGGUUGCAGACUAUUCAAAAUGAUGACUUGGAAGAAAUCAAAGAGUUGGGUUCAGGCACCUACGGGGCUGUGUACCAUAGCAAAUGGAGAGGUUCUGAUGUUGCUGUAAAAAGAAUAAAAGCUAGCUGUUUUGCUGGGAAGCCAUCUGAACGAGAACGUUUGAUUGCUGACUUCUGGAAGGAAGCUUUGAUACUCAGCUCACUACAUCAUCCUAAUGUUGUAUCAUUUUAUGGUGUGGUUCGUGAUGGUCCUGAUGGAAGUCUAGCUACAGUUACAGAGUUCAUGGUCAAUGGCUCUCUUAAACAGUUUCUUCAAAAGAAAGACAGAACCAUUGAUCGGCGUAAAAGACUAAUCAUAGCCAUGGAUGUUGCAUUUGGUAUGGAAUAUUUGCAUGAAAAGAAUAUUGUUCAUUUUGAUCUGAAGUGUGAAAAUUUAUUGGUGAACAUGAGGGAUCCACAUCGGCCUAUUUGUAAGAUUGGUGAUUUGGGGCUAUCAAAGGUGAAGCAACAUACUUUGGUGUCUGGAGGUGUUCGAGGAACUUUACCAUGGAUGGCGCCGGAACUUCUAAGCGGAAAGACUAGUAUGGUGUCUGAAAAGAUUGAUGUUUAUUCGUUUGGUAUAGUCAUGUGGGAGCUGCUCACUGGUCAAGAGCCUUACUCAGAUAGGCAUUGUGCGUCUAUAAUCGGAGGAAUUGUGAACUGUACACUACGUCCUGAGAUCCCUAAUUGGUGUGAUCCUGAAUGGAAAUCUUUGAUGGAAAUCUGCUGGUCUUCUGAUCCGACACAGCGGCCGUCCUUCUCCGAAAUCUCACAGAGGUUGAGGAAAAUGGCAGCUGCCAUUAACGUGAAGUGAACAGGCCCUCCACUGUGCACUU